GUGAUAUAGUUAGUUGAAGACCACGACCACAUGACUUUUCCUACAUCUUUUAUUGGACCAAAACAAGACUUGUACAAAUAGCAGGAUACACAAUCCUGAUGAUCAUUGAAGAAAAGGGGAUAGUUGAGAGUUAGCGAAGCCAAUGGCUACUUCAAGAACCAUAUUUCUCUCUUGCGCCAUUUUCAUACAGCUCUUUGCUCUCACCACUGCCAAGCCAAAUUACCAAUUUUGUUAUGAUACUGGUAAUUUCACCACCAAUAGCACUUACCAAUCAAACCUGAAUCAAGUCCUCUCUUCCAUCUCCUCUGAUACUGAAAUCAGCAAUGGAUUUUAUAAUUUCUCUUCUGGUGAAAACCCUGACACAGUUUACUCAAUCGGACUCUGUAGAGGAGAUGUUAAGCAUGAAAUUUGUCGUAGCUGCAUAAGUAACGCCACCCAAGACAUCAAAAACCUCUGUCCAAUCCAGAAGGCGGCCAUCGUAUGGUACGACAAUUGUAUGUUAAGGUACUCAAAUCGCUCCAUCUUUGGCAGAAUGGAAACUGGGCCUUAUUUUUGGAUGUAUAGUAUGAUAAAUGUCACAGAGCGUAGCGAGUUCAAUCAGGCAGCGAACUCCUUGUUGGCUAACCUCACAAGUGAAGCUGCAUCGGGUGAUUCUCGUCUUAAGUUUGCAACAGGAAGUACGAUCACAGCAAGCUCACAACCUAUAUUUGGACUGGUUCAGUGCACUCCUGAUUUGUCCAUGGAAGACUGUAGUGGCUGCUUGACUUUCAUCAGAAAUUUGCUCCCACAAUGUUGUGAUGGGAGGCAAGGUGGGAGAGUUAUAGGUCCAAGCUGUCACUUUAGGUAUGAGAAAGAGCAAUUCUAUGACGUAAUUGCAGCUGAUGUGCCAUCACCAGAUUCACCACCACUAUCAACGCUGGUUUCUCCUCCUCCGCCGAUGAACACAGCAACUACAAAAGGGAAGGGAAGCAAUGUCUUAAUAACUCUAAUCACUCUGGUUUCAGUACUCAGUUUCUGAUGCUCAAUAUGGGAGAUGCAUUGGCUCAAGAAUCAAGAAGCCAAGUAAAAUAAAGUGGAACCAAUUUGAUUUUUCUUACAAAGUUUUCCUAGUUAAACAUUAAAAGGUUUGAAUAUCUGUGUUGUACCGAUCUUGUAUCUAGAUCAAUCUAUAUUACUAGAUGAUAAUAACAGUUCUACAAAAUCACCCAACUCAUAAAUGUUAUUCUGUUUUGAACAGAGAAAUUCCAGCUUCAUUUGAGGUUUGGAACUGAUA